UUUCAAAUAUCCUAAAUCACCCCUGUUCUACUAUCACUAAUUCACUAUCAAAUGUAUUAAUCUACUGGAGGGUAAAAAGAAAAAAAAAUCAUUUUUUUCUGGGACUCUGAUAACUGAAGUGUAUUUGUUCAUGACUUUUUAAAUCCAAUAUGUUUCGAGUAUCGAAGAAAGUCCCAGAAAGAGAAAUAUCAAAGAGAACUUGAAAAGGGCUGCAUUCAUUUACGACUUUGCUCAAUUAUCAAUUAAGCUGCUGUGUGUUUGCUUUUUCAAGCAAUGGUGCAAAGUAUGCCGGCAAGCACCUUGGCUAUCUCCAGAUAUGGUGGUUGUUUUGGUUCCUUCCCUGUUUGGAGGAAACCUUUUGGGCUAAUGAAAGAAUCCCAGAUGAGUUUUGGUGUUGGAAAACAGAAUCUUUGGCAUCAUUUCAGCCAAAGCUUACUGUUUAUUGGUCAGUCAGACUUAGGAGGGUGCCGAAAUGUGAGGGUUAAUGUUGGGUGGCCGUUUAAAGGAAAUAAUCAGGGGCUGAAUGCAGCUUCUGAGCGUAGUGAUAGCGCCAAUGAGGAUAUAUUGAUGUUCUUUUUCCAACUGGACUUGGCAACUCGAGUACAGUAUGCUUUGAACUUGGAGCAGUAUGACAUUGCGAAACAAUUGAGAGACAAGCUUAAUGAGGUUGAAGAAGAGGUCAUCAGACAGCAAGAAACAAGAAAGGGUACAACCUCAAAAAGUGAAGUUCAAGACAUGGCUAUAAGCAUCUUACGCCUAAAAGCAGAUCUGCAGAAUGCAAUUGAAAGUGAAAACUACAGUUUGGCAGCUGAAUUAAGAGAUGAAAUUUCAAAAAUUGAGUCAGAGUCCUUAGCUGCAUCGGUGAAAGCGCAAGUAUAUCAGAAUGCUCAGUAUGCAUUUCAUUUGGGGCAGAAAGUCAGGCAUAAGACAUUUGCAACUUCAACAAAAUGCUGGGUUUUGAUGACACAACACAUUCCAAAAAGCAGACGGUUUAGUUCAGGAGCAACUAUCAUAGAAUAUCGAGCAGUAAUCUGUGGUAUGGAUCCAGUCUGCUGUGAAACAAAAUCAUGGAUGGAGACUGCAAAUGUUUAUAAGUUGACUCGUGGUCCAGAUCAACCAUUUUACCAGGUAUUGGUUGAUGUGUACAUGGACCCCAAUCUGUUAGUUGCAUAUGUUCCGGAGGAGAAUUUAUGUGCUCCAGAUAAACCAGACAUGGAAAGAUUUGACCAUCCCUAUGCGUCAUUCUUGUUUUAUGGGACGGAUGCUGCUGGAGACUUCAUCCCAAUCAAGCAGCUGAGGGAAAAAUACAACAGGCCACGGCAUGAGAUUCCCUAUGAUCCGGACAAUGAGCAGAAUGGAGAUGACAUCUGAAUGGCACAGUGCUAGAUGGGAGUCAAGGAGCUUCAGGAGAGGCAGAAACCAUUUUUUUGUACCAUUUUGCAAUAGAUAUUGACACAACUUCUUCAGUAUGAAACGCUCUUGAGCAGCUCGUCUGGAGCAUCUUUAACCAUGAGUUGUACAUUACCUCUGAUUAAUGUGUGUAACACAAGGAAAAGUAGUCAGUGGAGAUCUUGAGGGCCAAAUUCAAUGCUGCUUUUGUAAACUCAAGAGUAGUUUGUUUUACUGUACAGAAACAGAUGUCCUGAUUCUUUGUUGGACUGUAGGAUUUGCUACUGGAAUAAUUUAGCAUGUUGGCUUUGUUCAGAGAUUUA